AUGCGAGUAAAUAGUGAAACAUCGGUACAAGUGGACAGCAAAUCCACAUGGAGGUUCUUAUUUUGCGAGGUGGAUCCUAUCUCAGAGAGAGGGAAAAGGCAGCAGUUCCUGAUCAUGUUGACUAUCGUGUCCGUUCCGCUACUUGGCGUCACAAUCUUUGCGGGAUCCAUGCUUUACAACAGGGUUCAAGAGCACAUCGCGUUGUCGUCGGUGCGUCUUCAGAUUGAGAGCUGCAAAGCGCUUGGGGACCUCAUUCACGCUUUGCAGUUAGAACGUGCACAUACGAUAUUUCUUCACGAAACGAGGAAAAACCUUAGCACAAUGCUGAACGAUGACGAAUACCGUCAGACGAAUAAAGAGUUGGGUAAAAACCAGCACUGGUCAAGGUGUGGGAAAAACGACCAGUAUCAGUCUGUCGAUGAGUUCGUACAGGCACUCAAUAAACACAGGCAUAUGCUGAUGAACAACCAGAUUAACAUUAGUAAGUAUCUAGCCUUUUACAACGGGAUAGUUCAGAAUUUUUUACAGACGAUUGUGGAACAUAUACAAACGUUGCCUGAGCGAAGCAUGUGGAAUCAUUUGCUCGCCUAUAAGAUGAUCCUUACAGCUAAAGAGAACAUCGGAAUAACAAUCACGCUUGGAAUCAAAUAUUUCUUCGAAGGCCGCCUGAAUUGGAAAGAUUACCAGACUUACGUCGUUCACGACGCGCUGGGAGCUGAUCAUUACGAAACCUUCAAAGUCUACUGCGAAAUAGAAAACUCGGAGAAUAGCUGCCCCGUUUUUGAAAUAGAAGUUUACCGAUCAAAAAUUCUGCAAAAUAAAGAGAUGGUCAGGUCUGAGAUGCUGGCUGACCAGUACUACGUUGCGAUGAUUAAACACAUUGCCUGUAUGCGAAGGCUAGCCAGAGAACUGAAGGAGAAGGUAUUAGCCGAGAGUCUAGUGCAACUGAGACAAACAGACCGACAAGUGAUCUUUGCCAUCUGUGUCUUCAUCAUCGUAAUUGGAGUCUCCGUCGUUCUCGUGUAUCUUCUCCACAAACUCGUUUUAAAACUGCAGCUUUUUGCUAUGGACAUUUCACUGAAAUCUCUCCAGCUGGAACAGGAAAAGAAAAAAUCCGAUUCUCUCCUCUUCCAAAUGCUUCCCCACCAGGUGGCUCUUCAGUUGAAAAUGAACCAGAAAGUCGAGGCCGAACAUUUUGAGAGCGUCACGAUAUACUUCAGUGACAUAGUCGGUUUCACCAGAAUAUCUGCCCAAAGUUCACCGAUGCAAGUAGUAGAUCUUCUUAACAGUUUGUACUUCCUCUGUGACGACUGCGUUGAGCAUUACGAUGCUUAUAAAGUGGAGACUAUUGGCGACGCGUACAUGGUGGUCAGUGGACUGCCGCGGAGGAAUGGAAACCGUCACGUCAGCGAAAUAGCACUGUUCUCUCUUCAUUUACUGAAAGCUAUGACCAAGUACCGUAUUCCUCAUCGUCAGACAGAAACCCUUCAACUAAGAAUAGGUGUGCAUACUGGAGCUUGUGUGGCCGGAGUUGUUGGAAACAAAAUGCCCAGGUACUGUUUGUUUGGUGACACAGUCAACACGACAUCCAGGAUGGAGUCGACGGGGUUGCCCUCGCGAAUCCAUAUAAGUAGCGAGACAAAGAUGGCAUUGGAGAGGUUUGGUGGCUUCCGCACGCAGAGAAGGGGAAAAGUGGACAUCAAGGGAAAAGGAACAAUGGAGACACAUUGGUUGGUAGGAUCGUCUCAUUCAGAUCGCAGAGGAUCUUCACUUAAUAUAUAA